AAUAAUUUAGUAGAGCGCUAGUGGGCGAUCGGCUGCGCGUGCGCCUUGAGAACGGCUACCUAAAACGACGUAAGCGACAAGGAUUUGCAAGUGACUUAAGGUGCAGGUUUACUGUUUAUGAUGAAUAGUUUUGGAAAGUGAAUCUAGGAGCUGCGCACGCACACACAGGCAGACAUGUCGGAAGGCGCUUACAGGAAACAGCGGGUCUCGCCCGUCUUGAGACAAUCGCUUGCGGUCAGCGGAGUGGUGCUGUACAUGAUCGGCACGGGCGCCAACAUCGCGUUCCCGGGAGUGUUGCUGCAACAGUUGCGCGAACCCGACUCCGUGUUGCAACUCACCGACGAACAUGAGUCGUGGAUAGCAUCCAUCCUCGGCCUGGCCCUCAUCUCGGGUAUCGUAACCGCCCCCCUCUGCCUGCAGCGGCUGGGCAGACGGCUCACCAACCAGCUCAGCACACUACCAUCACUGGGGGGAUGGGCGCUCAUGGUCGCGGCUACGGGGCCUACAGCGCUUCUCAUCAGCAGAACACUUCAGGGAUUCGGAAUGGGACUCCAGGCGGCAGCAGCUCCGGUCUCCAUCGCGGAGUACUCGUCGCCCAAGCUGCGCGGUGCUUUCCUUGCCACCAUCGCCUUCUCCUUCGCCACCGGCAUGCUUUUCGCGCACGUCUUCGGCACACUGCUCUACUGGAGAUCUGCUGCCAUCGCAUGUGGAAGCGUCUAUGCUGUAUCACUGAUACUGGUCUCUUUAUCACCUGAAACCCCGCCGUAUCUUGCCUCGCGAGGCAAAUUCAACCAAUGCAGGAAGAGUUUCCGCUGGCUCCGUGGACAUUACCACGAUUCCGAAAAGGAACUUGAAGUCUUACUCAACAGCCAAAGGAUGGGCACCACUGAAACUACAGCCGGAAAGACUAGACUGCAAAUUUAUAUGGAAAUAGCGAGGAAACCCGAAUUCUACAAGCCAACAGUCAUUAUGAUGUUCAUGUUUGUGCUCUUCCAGAUAUCUGGGAUGACUGUUGUACCGUCGUAUACUGUUCCCAUGAUGAAUGAAGUGACUGAUGGGGCGAUAGAAGCGAACACAAGCAUGUUGAUGGUGGAUAUUGUGAGGUUCGUCACUUCGGUCAUGGCCUGCGUUGUUGUCAACAAGCUAAACCGUCGCACAGUUCUGUUCAUCGGUAUCAUAGUUAGCGUCGUGUCUCUUUUCACGACAGCUCUUUUACUUUAUCUUAGAGACUUCGGCUAUAUUCCGGAAGACUACAAAUGGAUACCAGUCAUACCAACUUUAACGUACAUAUUUGGAAAAACAUUAGGAAUUUUACCCAUUCCAUGGGCUAUAGCUGGUGAGAUCUUCCCGCUUGCCUAUAGGAGUUUAGGUAGUGGGAUUUCUGGCAUGUUCCUCUCCAUAAUGUUCUUUGUCGUCGUUAAGACUGCCCCGACAUCGUUCAAAGAGAUUGGCGUUAACGGUACAUUCCUGGUCUACGGCAUGUGCAUCGCAUUUUGUGGUGCUUUUCUGUACUUCCUUCUCCCAGAGACGAAGGGGAAGACGCUUUAUGAGAUAGAAUGCCACUUCAAGGGAAUAGACUCCAGGCUUCCAGAUGCCAGUGAGAAGGAUAAAAUGCUAGAACUAGAGACCCUGGAAGAGGGUUGAUGAGGCGGACGACAGAAUAAGGAAAUGCUCUGCCGCUUCUUGCCGGCUCCGUAGGUAGGUGAAGAAUGAUCUUGUGAAAUAUGAAUGUAGUUUGAAUACUUAUUAUUGUAGAUUUAGGGUGAAUUUUUACAUUCUGGUGCCUAGAGAAGCAAGGAUAUAUAAAUGCGAGGGGCAGUUAUGUGCCGACAACAUUUGUCGAUGUCCUGUUUGCUAGAAAGUUAAGAUCCUGCAUUUCUUCUGACUGUGCCGUUACGUUAGAAGCUUGGACUUAGGUACCUUGAAAUUUGGUUUGCAAAAUGUUGAUACCCUACUAUAUAUAUGUGUCAGUCAGCGUAUUCUUAUAUGCGAGGUAUGAGUUUAUAUACAUAUAUUCGUGUUUUGAGGCAGCUGAUUAGAGUUAUCUGAGAUGGAAUUGACAUCGAAAUUGUGACUGUUACUUCACUCUUAAAUCUAUAUAAAAUAAAGUAUGCAUCUUUAUA